UGUUUUUGUUCGCAAAGUGCAUUUUUGUUUGUAAUAUAAUAAUGGCCGAGGAAAUUGAUGAUAAUGGAUUUUAUCGCGAGGAUUUUAGUGCCGAAUCCGAUUGGGAAAUAUUAAAUGCCCAAUUGUGUGAACUAUUCCAGAAAUGGGAAUUGGCCAAUACUGACUGGGGUCGCAACUUCCAGCAAAAUGAAUUGUAUCAAUGUAACUGGAAAAUUGAAGAGGAACUUCUAGAUGUCAAGGGUAAUCAGGUAGUGGUGACCUAUUACAGGGCGGAUCUAAAAUCUUCAGAUAGAGUUAAAACAAAAGAAUUGAAUGCUUCGCCCAUGCAUGAAGAUCUAUUAUCUUUGGCCAAUAACUUUGGUCCUCCGGUUUGGGAUGAUAAAACCAAAAAGUUGCAUUGGUUGGCCAGAUUUUAUGGCCUCAGACGUUUUGUGGUCUUAAAUCCUCGCAGUGAACAAAACAAUUUCAUUACCAAGCGAUCGGAAUUUAGUUUUUACUUCAGUGCACUUUCGGUAGUGGGUGCCGAAGUUUGUGCGGCUGUACCCAUGUUUGUGCAAAUCUAUGAUCAGAAAUGGAAUUUCUUUUUGGGUCUAGGCAUGACCUCUUAUAUGCGCACGAACUUUGAUUUGGUGGCAUUGGAGCAGCCUCCUCAAGAUUAUUGCUAUUUGUCGGGUUUAUUGACCAUGUUUAAAGAAAAGUUGCCCAGGCAUUGCAAACAACCGGCCUUGGUAUCGGUGCGCAAUACAUAUGCUUUAGAUACGGUGAAGAUUCGUGUCCCUAUGUAUGUACCAUUUGGCAUGACACCCCUGGUGGAUGAGGAUCGUUCGGUUAUAAGUUUGUCAUAUUUUACGGCUUUGCCUCAUGGCUAUUUCCCAGACUCACACACAAAAAUAUUUGCCAUAUUCACCUGGCCCGAAUUGACCGACAAUAUGGUCAUCGACUCUGCCAUGCAGACACAAUUUGUACCCACUAAGGCGCCCGGUGGAGCCAUACAUCAAGUUGUAUAUGCCACUUCGUAUUUGUCAUCGUGCAUUAAACAUUUCCACAAUUUAAUAACGGCUAAAAAUGCACUUGAAUCAUAUGUGGGUCGCAACUUUACGGGCACCCUAUCGCCCUCAGACGUGGCAAAUCCUUUGGAGCAACUGACCAAACCAAAUUUAGGCAAGUUCCAGUCAUAUCGCCAAAUGAAACGUAGCAAUGAGGGUGGCCAGCAAUCGACGGCUUUAAAAAAAUUGCCUGGUCCUAUGCAUGAGCACGAGCUUAAUCAAAUGUUGUAUUAUUUGUUUCCUGACUUACAUCCUGAAGUGGCUUUGUUUCCCUACGAAGCAAGUGAUUGGUUAAAGGAUCCUCAUCGUGUUAAAUCAGCGUUAGCUGAUUCAUUGGUUCACCGCUUAAGUUGCUUACUGGCCACUUGUAAUGCUCAUUUUGGUGGCAAAAGCGGCCUGGCUCAAUUGUGGGCCACCUUUACGCGUGAAUUACGUUUGCUUUGGGAUUGUUGCAUUACUAUACCGGGGGUGGCUGCUGGAUUUCCUGAUACCAGAACUUGUCUUUUACAUCAGAAACUGCAAAUGUUAAAUGUCUGCAUAGAGCGUAGAAUUCAAAGAGAGCAGGGCAUAAGAAUAACAGAACCCCAGUGGUCAGACUCAUCGGUUCUCGAAGACGAUAAGGAGGAAAAGGAGGCAGACAACGAUACUGAGGAGGAAUUCUAUGAUUGUGAUGAAGACGAAGCUAAUCGCUCUGCUUCACCGCUUAAAGGCGUUGAGGCCAAUAAGCCCGAAGGACGUUUGAAACGUUUGCAUGACUUAAAGCUGUUAAAUUCUCAGGAAUAUUUAUAUGUGCCCAUUACUCAGGAGCCAGUGCCCAAGACUGAAGAUCAAUUACAAGAUGAUGCAGAUGUUAUGUUGAAAUUGGGACCCACUUCAGGUUUGUUUGCUUUAGAAUGUCUUAAAGAAAUAUAUAUUAAUUGUGUUUUUUUUACAGAUCAUGUUACGGCCAUGAUGUGCUCUACUCUGCUGUCAGAUGCCGAAGCUUUUAAGGCCGCCAAUUUGAAUGCUGAAUUCGAGGAUUUCAUACGCUGGUAUAGUCCCAACGACUGGGAGGAGUAUUUAGAUGAAGAGGGUGUUAAGCAACAUAAAUUAAGUGCUCGCAUGAAAGCUGAGGGCAAUACCUGGCAAAUGGUGUGGGAACAGGCAAAACCAGUGCCUGUAGCUAGACAGAAACGUUUGUUCGAUGACACCAAUGAAGGCUACAAAGUUCUAAACUAUUUGGAAACUCGUAAUAUUGGUGAAAUUUAUGGUCUAACUAUUGUGCCACUGUUGCACAGUACCAUUCUUAAGUUAAAGAACAUUUUCACAAAUUCCUAUGUCUUUGAUCUAUUCUCCGAAGCCCUAGAUGAAAUUUUAGCCGAUCUCAGUCGUUAUGCUCGCGACAUAGAAAUUGUGGCAGGCUCUCCUUCCUCCACGACUUCAAGCAACUCGAACAGCGAUACAAAUUACAUUUUGCAAUUACCCAAUCCUAUGGCCAUCACCAAAAAAAUCGAACAAUUGGAAAUGCAAUACUAUCAAUAUGAAUGUUUCAAACAAAUGCCGGAAUUAAGCAAUAUGCCACUACAGCAAAUACAAAAGAAAUUCCAGGAGAUAUUAAAAAAUCAAGGAACUUGUACUAUUACCCCCAGGCACUUUAAAGAGGGUGAAAUUGUUGAUAAAUCCAGCGAGGUGGAAGAACGUUUAAUGGCUUCAUUUAAGCAAGACAUGCAAGAGAAACUUAUUAGUAAGGAUUAUGUUAUACGCAUGGGAGAGGGCUUAACCAAAUCGGUUGAGAGUGAGAGAGAUAAUGAGAAUGUUAAACCAGUAAUGCCGCAAUUUUUGAGAGCCAUUGUUACGGGUGAAAAGUUGCGUUUAUGUGGAGCUUUUACCGAAAAUACCACAUUUUUGGAUUGAACAGGGAAAUAAAUUCCCGGAAUUUAUUUUAAGCUUAAAGUUAUAUUAAGCAUUUAAUGCAUAUUUAUGGUAUUUGGUGUGAUUUUAUAUUUAUAAACUUUUCUCAAUUAAAUUAUUAUAUUCAAAAUAAAAUUUCUCUUAAACUUAACUCAA